UGAUAGAAUUUGCUGUGUUCACCCCCUGGAUUCCAGUGAUUGAUGAUUGAAUUUAUUCGAGUUGCGCGAUUUUUUCCCCUUAAAAUGAAACACAUUAUUUUGACAUCCUUUUGCCAAUUUAUCAUCGGAUAAUAUAGGCUAGCUCUUUUUUUUUCGCAUUCCCUCAUUCAUUUUGCGCGUGCCAACGUCAAGUUAAGCCGCAACUUGUCUGACAUUUGCUACUGCACGCACAAAUAUGAAGACUGAAUCAGAGAGGUUUAAUAUUCUAAUUGUGUGCUUGACUUAUGCAUAUUUAAAAGCACCUGCAUUUUCCAGAGUUAUUCUGUGAAAGGUUAUGACGGUGCUGCUGCGUAAAGCCACUUGCCUUCACAGGGCCCACUUCAUCUGCAAGGUCUCUGUGGUCUCAACCACGGUCUUCUUACUACAGCCAUUAUCUCUCUUGAUGGGUCGGUAAGAAGGUGUGAUGUUGACGGCAUGAAACAUGAACUGAAUUCAUCCCCUCUGUGGUUUGAUGCUUUGCUGUUGCAAAUUCAUUUCCUAAGCCCGGACAUAGUGAGAAUCGAAAGAGGCAAGGCUGAGAAAUUGCAAUGAUAACUUGUAUUCUCGUUUUUUUAAACAAAAAGUCAUAUGAUGCCUGAAUCAUCCCAUUGUGUUUCUUCGUGGUGUUAAUCAUCAUACAUGAAGACCCUUGUAAAAUGUUCACACACUCCUAGAUCUGUCGUCGUCAUCAAUCACUCGCUAAUGAGUAUGAUUGUCGACCUAGGAAAUACCAUGCCAAUGGUCAUGGGUUCCGUGGGUCCUUGUGUGGCUGAUGAGUCUACUCCUAGAGCCACAUCUCCAUUUGGCAGAUGUAUGCAAGAGGAGAAAUAAGAUAAAAGUUGAAAUUCUUUUAUGCUAAACCAUGGAAAACAAGAAAAAAAUACACAGAAUACAGCACAGUCAAGAAAUCAUCAAUAUGAAAAUGCUCACACUGCUUUCAGCGUUUAGUUUGCUUACAGUGUUUGGAACAGAGAUCUCAGCUCUCUCCGUCAUAAAUGCAACUGUGGGUGAACAAGUUUUGUUUCCGGUGGCCACCGCAUGCAGUAAUAAGUGUGAAGUAGCAUUUCUGUCAAAAUCACCAAUUCAUGCUACAUUGGCUUCAGGGGGAAUAACUCAAUAUUUCAUACAUAUUUUGUAUAAAGACAGACUGCAAUUUGCCACAAAUUGCUCUCUGGUGCUGCAGAAUGUACAAAUUAAUGACUCAAAAUCGUAUGCAAUACAAAUCGAUUGCCAUGAACCAUCAACAGUGACAGAAGAAACACUAUUUCAACUGCAAGUGUUUGAGCCAGUUUCCAAGCCUUCGAUAACAAUAAAUUGUUCAACCACAAAUGUCAGCCUAAGUUGCUCUGUCUCCAAUGGCACAAAUGUCACAUUACACUGGGAAAAAAAAUCCUUGUCUGGAGCCAUAAGUAGAAUCAAUGACAGAGCUGAAUUGGUGCUGAAUCAUGAUCAUGAACAGAACCAAAACGAGUACAUGUGUGUAGCAGAGAAUCCAGUCAGCAGGGAAACUAGUGACCCACAGAAACCAGAGCAGUGUAAUUCUAAAGGUUGGCAGAGACCAGUCUUUAUAGGUACUGCAACUGUGUUGUUUCUUGGUUUGGUUAUAAUUAUUAUAAUCUGUUUCAAAACAAAACCAGCUGCCUGUGAUAAAGGAAACAAUGUAGCAAUAGGAAAAUGGAAUGAAGAAACAUGUUACCUAAAUCAAAGAGAAAUUGAAGCCGCAUAUAUUACAAGAGUUGAAGCUAAACACUUUCCAUUAUCUGCUCAGUACUACUGAAUAUAACAUUUAAGAGGAAGAAAUUGAAUUUAACUGAGCUACCAAAUAAGGGUUAUUUUUGUGGAGUUUUUUUUAUUAUAUCAGAGAAUGUAAUAAUUUCUUUUUUACACACACACUGACAUAAUUGCAGCUUCUGCAGUAGCCUCACCUAAUAUCUAUACUUCUACAUCAAAAGCUACUGCUUAUUGGGCCCUGGCAACUUAUUCUACUAUGUGCUGUAGAGAAUGCUGAUGCAAACUGCGACACAUUGUAUCUCCAGCAAUGACCAACUCAUUCAUUCUGAUGAUUAAUGCUGCAUUUGUAAAAUGAGACCUUUGUUUAGCUUUGAUACAUCAGGCAAAGCCUGCUUCCAGGGGAACCACGAGGAGGUGGCCGACCUGUAACUAGAUGUUAUAGUUACUCCCGCCAAGGCGGGUGGCCUCGGCCGGCGCCUAGCAGCUGACUUAGAACUGGUGCGGACCAGGGGAAUCCGACUGUUUAAUUAAAACAAAGCAUCGCGAAGGCCGCAGGCGGGUGGAAAUCCUUUCAGCUCUGUUGAGAUACUUAACUUUUCAGAGACAUACAUACAGAAUGUGAAUCUUGUUUUGUGGUAAAUUUAAAAUAAACUAGCUUUGUAUCAGUGAUAACAUCUGUGAUUACCUGAUUCGCAAUAUCAUUGGAUGAUAAAAUGUAAAUCUGUGAGAUGAUAUUGACUGUUGAAAACAGGAAUAAUGAUGUGUGUAGAUUUACA